AUGGCACCCUCUCUUUUAUUGCUGGUGGACUAUUCCAAGCACCGUGCGGAUAUCGCCAAUGCUAGUUUCUCCGAUAGCUUCAGUGGGCAUGAUUCGGCUGCCUCCUUUGGCUGUACCUCACUGGACGACAAACUGGAUACCAGCACACGGACACAGAGCACCGUGUCCUCGGACCGUAGUUGCAGCAGUAUCAGUACUACCAGCGAUGAACGUCCCAUUUGCUUUCGCGUGAGACGUUCUUCCAUUAGUGGCUCUACUUUUACUACUACUACUAUUAAUACCGCUACACAUACUGUCAACCACAGUCCUGUUUCGAGUGCAAGUCCUACAGUGAACUACGGCUCCCCCACCACCACCAGCGACAGACCGUCCAGCACGGACCGCUUUCAUCACUCACUUCAAGAACUCAACUUUACCGGCAGUAAUCAUGACAAGAAGAUGAAACGGAGACACAGCACCACCAGUGUCGACUCUACAGCCGAUAGCAUCGACCUUCGCCUUCAAUAUGCCAGUUGGAAACGCAAGCAAGAGAGUCUCCUCAGCAUGUCGGCCCAAAUAGCCACCAGCAAUACGGACUACUAUGAGCGCAAACGACAACAACGUCGCAGUGGAUCCAUGCCUUUCUUAGCAUCGUCCUCGGCCGCUACUGCCAAUAAUAGGAAUCACCCGGAUUCCCUUUCCCGACACCAUUCGUACCAUGGAAUCAGCUACCAUCACCAGGAACCAUCACAACAACAACAACAACAACAACCACAACAUGGACGACCCUCUACGACUACCCGACAGAGUAGCUCGAAACGACGAUCAACCAUGAAUCAAUCGUCUCCACGGAAACCCCCUCAGCAUUCACCUCCACGACCCCGCCGCACACUGCUGGCGAGAUCCGCCUCGUCGCGUCGCAACCUCGUGUCGGAAACACCCAUGAGUUUGGAUUCCUCGUCGCAACACCGACUCCGCAAUCGCAUGUCGAGAUCCGAACGUAUUUCUUCGACACCCGCCAACAAUAAUUCCGACUUUGUCACGGGCUCUCGAAUUCGACGGUUGGAUACCAGCAGCAGCAAUCACAACAAUAGCACUGGCCUCAGUCGAAGCAGCGUUCACAAUCGAGCAUCCAGUGUGCACACUAGUAGAACUACGACCAGUGUGCACAAUCGAACAUCCAUUCUGCCCACGCAUAAAAUGUUGGGGUAUGAAUAA